AUGGGUGAUCACGACAAUAUGGAUGACCUCACUGCUGCAUUGGCACUCAUUCAACAACAAAUGCAGACUCAGCAACAGCAGAUGUUGCAGAUGCAGCAGACCAUCCAAAAUCAGCAACAAGCUGCUCAGGAACAAGCAGCCGUGAAUGCCGCGCGAGAAGAGCGUGGUGCUCUUAUUGGGGAGCGAAACCUUCCGCGGAACUUCGCUACUAACCGCUCCCCCAUCAACCCUCCACCCUGUACUCGACAAGAUUAUGAGAUCAAACCUGCACUGAUAGAUCUGGUACAGAAGAGCACGUUCAGUGGCCUCACUUCAGACAUUCCAAUGGACCACAUAGAGGCUUUUGAGAGGAUCUGUAAAUUCUCUCGCUCUAAUGGAGUGCCACCAGAUUAUGUCAAAUGCACGUUGUUCCCAUUCUCUCUUGAAGGGAAAGCUUCUCGCUUGUUGCAAUCUCUCCCAACCGGUUCUCUCACCUCAUGGGACCAGGUUCGAUCAGCAUUCCUGAGCCACUUCUACACAAAGUCCAAAACCGCGGCUCUACGGCACAUAAUCUCCAACUUCAAGCAGAAGUCUGAUGAACCUUUUCAUGAAGCUUGGGAAAGGUAUACAGAAUACCAGAGAGAGUGCCCACACCAUGGGUUUGAUGAUGAUUACAUAUUGGAGGUGUUCUACGAUGGAGUGAGUUAUGAGUUCCGAAACACCCUUGACUCUUCUAGUAAUGGAGACUUCAUGACUCAAACCACACCUGGUGCGUUUGUGUUGAUUGAAAACAUGGCAUCAAGUUCAUUGAACAAGAACAAGGAGCAUGACCGCUCGAAGAGUGUGAACAGCAUAGAUGAUCUCGCUGCGAAGGUGGACCAACUGCUUAAGGGAAACCAAAGCCAAGUGUUCAUAAUGGAAGAAGCAACUCCUGAGAAGAGUGCCGGUGACCUGGCGUUUGAAGCUAAUUUAUCAGGGGACGAUCAGCAAGAGGUGAGCUACGUGAAUGGGCAAGGAUGGCAGCUCAAAAACUACCACCCAAACCCUAACGUGCGGAACAACCAACAGCUUUUCUGGCCUAAGCAAGAUAAACCAACUAAUCCUGCACAGAGUAACGAAGGUCAGUAUGCCGGGUAUCAAAAGAACUACCAACCCCGGGCUUAUGUUCUAAGCCAACCGCAGAACAACACACCCCAGAUGCAGAAACACCAGAACCCUCAACCAGCUACCUCUGCUCCUAUCGUUGCUCCGCAAGAUGAGACAAAGGUCAUGUUGCAGCAGCUGCUCCAAGGACAACAACUCCAAGGGAAAGCUCUGAACCAGGUUACUACCGAGAUCAAUACCAGAAUGAACCAUAUGUUAGGAGAUUUGAGCACCAAGUACGAUAAUGUCGCGAGCCAUAUGAGACAGAUGGACAUUCAGAUAGCUCAGACUGUUGAGAGCGUCAAGAGGCAGCAGGGUACUCUACCUGGUAAAAGAAACAAAAAUCCUAAGGAGUGCAAUGCAGUUCAACUGAGGAGCGGAAACCAACUUUCCGAGCCGGAGAAGAGGAGGUUCACCACGGCUGAGAAAGGGAAGCAGAAAGAGUCGGAACAACUACCAGCCGAUACCCCGACAGUUGAGAGGAAUACGGAACCAGCAGUUGGAACAAGUUCGCCAGUGCCAUAA